AUGUUACAAGUCAAUGUGAGCCUACUUAUUCUGUUCUGUGUUAUGUUGCUCCUGUCUCAAGUAGAAUCAUGCAACGAAGUGAAAUGUGCAUCAAUUGUAUCUAAAUGUAAUUCAUCUAUAAGUUGCACAUGUGAGUCAAAAAAUUGUCCUUGUCAAGAGGAAUUCAAAAGAUGCCUGGGAGAAAAAUACUACCGAGAAUGUUGUAGCUGUCUUGAAAUAUGUCCAAAAUCACGAAAUCAUUUAUCGAAGAAAUCUCAUGUGGAAGAAUUUGAUGGUAUUCCGGAACUUUUCAAUGUCCUCAUAACAUCGAAAUCGGAAGAAUUUGAAUGGGAUAUUGUCACUUUUCCUGUUGAGGAUCCAAAGCUCUUGGAAAACGAUGUAAAUUAUUAUUUCACUUCACAACAUGACGUCGAAAAUGAAGAGCAACAGAGAAUUGAACAAUAUGUUCCAGCAAAUUGUAGUGUCAUCUAUUUGGCAUCGUGCAUUUCUUGGAAUAAAUGUCGUCAAAGUUGUCAUGCGACUGGAGCUAGCAGUUAUCGAUGGUUUCAUGAUGGUUGUUGCGAAUGCAUUGGUUCGGAGUGUAUUAACUAUGGUUUAAAUGAAAGUCGUUGUUCACGAUGUCCUGAAUACGAUGACGAACAUGAUCACGAAGACGAUGCGGAAGAGAUUGUAGACGAUGACCAUGACUCUGAUAAUGAAAUAGGUCUAUUCGAUGGAAAUGUAUAG